AUGGGUCGCACGCUCGGGCUCGUCAGAGCCGUGUACAUUGCGUGUGUCAGCUGCAUGGGCUCUUUUGCCUUUGCCUUUGACACUGGCAUUAUCAGCGGCGUCUUGACUCUGGCCUCGUUCCAACGCGAUUUCGGCUAUUCGGCAGCCCAGAAGACCAACGUCAACUCCAAUGCCGUGUCGAUUCUCCAGGGUGGCGCCUUUUUCGGCUGUUUCUUUAUCUGGCCCAUAACCGCCUACUUGGGGAGAAAAGGCGGCCUCAUUGUCAGCGCCAUUGUUUUCACCAUCGGGACAAUCCUCCAGCUCAUCAAUAGCGGCUCACUGGGCUCAUUCUAUGCUGGUCGGGUAAUCGCGGGCCUGGGAAUUGGUGGUGCCACUGUGUUGAUCCCCGUGUUUGCAGCCGAGAUGUCUCCCAAGCAUAUUCGAGGAAAGCUGGGGGCUUGUUUCCAGCUGUUCUUCGCGCUUGGGGUAAUGGUUGCUUACUGGGUGACAUACGCUGUCGCAAAGGACCAAUCCAGCUCGACAAAACAAUGGCAGAUAGCCCUUGGUCUUCAACUGCUGUCGUCUACCCUGCUGCUCUUCGGCAUGCUCACCGUCCCAGAAAGUGCGCGUUGGCUGGCCAAGCAGGGGAAAACCGACAAGGCCCGCGAGUCCUUGAAAUGGGUACGCGGAGGAGACGAAACACCCGAGCUGCAGGCGGAAUUCGUUGAAAUCCUGGCCGGUAUCGAAGAAGAGUCUCGCGUGAAGGAAAAUUUCACUUUGAAAGAGCUACUUCUUCCGGCCAACCGCUACCGAAUCUUCAUUGCCAUUACUAUUCAGCUAUGUGCCCAGUUGACCGGAAACACCUCGCUGGCCUACUAUGCGAACCAGAUCUUUUCCAGCGUCGGUGCCGGAAAUUCAGCCAGUCUUGUGACGGGGUUCUUCGGUCUUGUCAAGGUAGUCGGAGUGUUGAUAUUCCAGCUACUAAUUCUAGACAAAAUCGGAGGCCGUCGCGCACCGUUCAUGAUCGGAGCGUUUGCCAUGGGCUCGUUCAUGCUGAUCAUUGCAUGCCUCGUUGCCACGCACCCGCCAAGCUCCUCGACGACCGGCGGUGUCUCUUCGGCCGGUAUCGCGGCCAUCAUCAUGACCUACGCGGAAGCAUUCAGUUUCAAUAUGUCCUGGGGACCUCUGACCUGGCUGUAUCUGGGCGAGAUCUUCUCGAGUCGCACCCGUGACGUUGGUGUUGCAGUGGGCGCCGCCUCGCAGUGGCUUUUCAACUUUGUCAUGUCGCAAAUGACGCCGCAUGCGCUUGACAAUAUCGGCUGGAGGACAUUUUUGAUGUUUGCUAUUUUCAACUAUGCCGUUGUUUUUUAUUCAUGGCUAUUUCUACGCGAGACGUCCGGACACUCGCUCGAGGAAAUGGAGCACAUCUUUGGCGGAAACAACCCAGAGGCCAAGACUGUCGAGACCGUCCAGGCCGUCGAGGUGGAAAAAAGAGCGGAAGACACAGAGGUCAAGUCUUGA